AGCCCGCUUGACCAGACCCUGCGGCCGCCCACCCGCUGGGCGGCGGCCCCUCGGGCCGCCCCGCGCGGCCGAUGGCACGGUCGCGGAGCCGGCCGCGCAAGCGAGCCCGGGACCGCUCGCCGCCCCGGCGCGGCCGCGGCAGCCCGAGCCGCUCCGAGGGGCGGCAGCCCCAGAGGCGGCGGAGGAGGCGGUCGCCGAGCGGAGGCAGAGACGGCUCAGGCAGCGAUGGCGGUCGAGACAAGGGAGAUCUGCGCUGGGUGUGCGCCACCUGUGCGGGCCCCCACAAGACGAAGGACUGCCCAAUGGCGAAAAUGGCGGACAUGAACCCCAUGCACAUGAUGAUGGGCAUGAUGCGCGGGCCAUGGCAUGUCGGACGUCCGGGUCCUGGGCCUGGGCCGCGAGGGCGCACACGCGUCUGCAGACCCUUCGCCUGAGUGACCUUGAGUGGAGGCUCAACUGAGUCCCCCCGAUCGCUGAGCGCGAUGCGGUAGCGGCUGCUCGCGCGCAUGGCGUUGGCCAUUU